CUCAAGUCUAUAGCUUUAAUUGUAAUGGUGGUUGGAAGCUUACUGGAAACGAAUGAGAUUUUGUUAUUUUCGAAGAAAUACCUUAUGAAGGAAACGUUCAGUUUAUUUGCAGUCCUUUUUGAUUUUAUAGGGAGCCUCUUAUCCUUUCCUUAAGGAGCAUGGCUUAUUCCAAAAAAGGCGAAAUGACUGAUGAAGAGAAGGAGCUGCUCAACGUUAUUUCUGAAGGAAAUGUCCAAGAAGCUUCAAGGUUGCUGGGUUGCAAAAGUGUUAACGUCAACUGCUUAGAUGAGCAUGGCAUGACACCUCUAAUGCAUGCUGCAUACAAAGGAAAAGCUGACAUAUGCAGUCUGCUACUUCAGCAUGGAGCUGAUGUAAAUUGCAAUGAACAUGAACAUGGAUAUACUGCUCUUAUGUUCGCUGGACUUUCAGGUAACAAGGAGAUAACACUGAUGAUGCUGGAAGCUGGAGCAGAUACUGAUGCAGUAAACUCAGUGGGAAGGACAGCAGCACAGAUGGCUGCCUUUGUUGGCCAGCAUGACUGUGUAACAAUUAUCAAUAACUUCUUUUCACGAGAUAAGCUGGAUUAUUACACAAAACCACAAGGACUUGAUAAAGAACCAAAACUUCCUACUAAGCUUGCUGGCCCCUUGCACAAAAUCAUGAUGACAACUAACUUGCAUCCUGUCAAGAUUGUAAUGAAGGUAAAGGAGAACCUUUUGCUUGCUGAUGUGGAAUCACUAGAAAAGUGCUACAGAGUCUUGGAGUUGAUUUGCGAGAAGAGCAUGAAACAAAAAGAAAUGAAUGAGGUGCUGGCUGUGAAAAUGCAUUACAUUAGUUGCGUUCUACAAAAGUGCAUUGCUUUCCUGAAGGAACGUGAAGAUAAACUCGAUGGUCUUAUAAAAAGCUUAUUAAAAGGAAGAGACCCAGAUGGCUUUAUGGCAUACCAGGAAAAAUUCAUUCGUGAAUGUAUCAAGAAAUUUCCAUAUUGUGAUGCCACUCUCCUGCAGCAGUUAGUGCGGACUAUUGCUCCUGUAGAGAUAGGUAGUGACCCAACUGCUUUGUCUGUGCUCACUCAAGCUAUCACUGGCCAGGUUGGCUUCAUUGAUGCUGAGUUCUGUACCACUUGUGGUGAAAAGGGAGCGGACAAACGAUGUUCAUCUUGUAAAGCGGUAAUAUAUUGUGGCCAAUCAUGUCAGAAGCAGCACUGGUUUACACAUAAAAAAUUUUGCAAACAACUAAAAGAACAAAUAGAAAAGCAGGAAAAGGAAGGAGCUAAGCUAAAGGAAAAAGAGGAGAAACAUAUUCCAAAAAAAGAGGAAGUCUCAGUAUGUGGCACAGUGACUCAAGAAUCAACUGAAACAUCUAAGACAGAAGAGAAGGUGCCAGAAGUGCAGGAAGAGAAAAACUCUGUAGCUUCUGAAAGUGUACAGACAUGUGAAGAAUGAAACGGUCCUCAGAGGUUUGGCCAAAGUCCAGCUCUUCUUAUAUCAGCGACCUAACGUGUGCCCAGCAAAGCCACAGCACCUGCUGUGUGACGACAGCCGAGCUGGACAUUCCUGUUUAUUCUGGCUACCAGCAGGCUGUCAGAAAGAUUAGCCUGGCAGACUGAGCCUGCACAUGAACUGAACAGCAGCAGGCCAAGUUGUGUAAUCACCGCUGAACGGGAGUAGAUGUAGAAAACACCGGCACCGCGCAACCACAGCUUUUAAGUUAUGUAUCUUUCCCAAAUAUUAAUAAAUAUUUUGUUCACAA